AUGACGGCGGAAGAAAAGGAACCCGUGAAGGGCGCUGAAAUUAAACUCAUUGUUAAAUUGCCUGACUUUGUAGUCGCUUUGAGUGGCUCCAAGAAGCAGCAACAAAGCAACAACGAAUUGGAAUUCCACUUUACCAAUACUUCCAAAGUUCAAAAUGUCCUUGAUGUUCUGGCGGUCUCUAAGUCAACUAGGUAUCUAACUAACGUCGAUUUGAAGGUGGGUAAGACGAUUUUGAAGGACAGUGAUACACUAGGUGAUAUCGCUGGCAAUGACGAAAUCUUGAAAAUACAAUUACAACAUAGACCUUACACCACGAGAGAUGCUUUAAAGCAUGUAUUGACUUUGCGUGAGUAUCUGGGGUUCUCUCCGGAAACCAUCGACGGGUUAUCUGAAUUUGCGGUCUCGACAGGCUCCAAGUUUUAUGAAUUGCCAUUAUCUGAAGUUCAUAGAAAACCCAUUAGUGAUAAAGAAGCCUCAAAGGAGGAGGAACAAUCUAAGAAGCUCGAAAUCAAUGUUACUGAAGAAGAAAAGAUUCAGUUCAGCAAGCUAGUUCGCGAGAUUUUUGAUUCUGUCAAAUACUCGUCAGCGAUCGAUGUCAACUCAACUGAAGGCACCAUCAUUACACCUUUACUACGUUCAUUGCACCUGUCAGCAUACAACCCUGUCCCCUCCUUUUACAGAACUAAAGGGCACCUGUUGUACUUGCAAGCCGUGACACUAGAAGGUGAAAGCUUACAGAUCACUGCUGUACCAUCUGGUUUCUAUGUUAACAAGUCGACUGUAUCUAAGUUCGACCCCUCUCCUAAAGAAUCUGAGGACCACUUUCAAAAUGGAACUAAAAAGUCAUUGUUCGACCUGCUUUGUUGCAAUUCAAAAAAGCUGGCGGGUCGUGUCGAGAGUUUCGAGAAAAAAGUUAGCAAGCUAGACCCUGCCACGUAUGUCAAACCGGUCAGUACCUUGUUGCAUAAGCCAUGGAUGGUCUCAACUCUGCCUUCCGACAACGGCGACUACAUGCGUUUGCAACUAGACGCGCUGAACUUCGAUGCCGAAAGAAACUUCAAUGAUGAAUUUCAAGCUAUCAAGGACUUGCCCAUCCAGAACCUUCAAUCACGUAUGGAUUCGGAAAGGUUACUGAGUAAAAUCGUUCACGAGUUCUCGAUCGCUGCUACCAAGGGCGCAAUGUCCAUCUUCUAUCAGGAUAUUCUAUCCAUGAAUCCCGAAGCCCCAAAGGAGGAACAAAUUUAUUUGAAGGAGGGUAUUUUCUAUUCAUACGUGUCUGAUGUUAGUGGAAGCUAUGCCAACAAAGGUGGUGAUGAAGCUGCAAUCGCAGCCUCGAACCAGGACUUGCGUACUAUUAACCUUUUGAAUCGUUUGAACACUCAGGAUGUCCGUUACCUCUUGACUGCUAUCGUUGAUUUUGCGGGCAACAGAGUAUUAGCUCAGACUCCAGUCCCAGGUUUAUUGAACACAAUGGGAACUCAGGUGGUUGAAGAUCCAGAAACAGGUAAAGAAGUUAUUGAAGACUUGCCAAAUGAAAUCACCGUCAACUACGGGUACGAUGAAGCCUCGGACAAAGUUAUCGGUAACGAGAAAUUUGAUAGCAUCAUUCAAAAGGAAUUUAGUAAAGUGUUCCACAUAACCUCUCGCGAUGUUGAUGGCGCUCAAAUGUCAUUUUCUUCUCAGUCCAAGGGUAUUAUUGGCUUCGAUAAAAGACAUUACAUCUUGGAUUUGGCAAAUACUUAUCCAUUAGAUAUUAAUUUCGUGAACGAAAAUUUCGAUGGUAUCGAUGAAAGUAAACGCUACCCACACAGACAAACCUUAAUUCGUCCUGAACUGGUUGAAAAGUGGUGGCAUUACAAGAGAGAAGAGGAAGGUUUGGACUACAAGACCGCCUAUGAAGAAAACAAGUAUACGUUCAACCCAGAUGCUUAUCAAGUUGAAGGCGUUGAAGACUCCACAGUCAAUGAAAUAUCCAGUUAUCUGCGUGAUGUCGUCUUACCAAGUCUUGUGGAAGAUUAUGCUGCCGGUAACGUUGCCGCCCCUUACAAUGGAGAGCACGUCGUUGACACAUUGCACAUCAACGGUAUCAAUGUUCGUUACUUAGGUAAAGUGAUUCAGUUGGCUAAAGAACUGCUCGCUAAGCAGACUGCCGAAUACGAAGAAAGGCUGCAAAAAAUUGUUAAAGGCAACAAGGAGCACGAGGAAUGGGAGAAGUCUUACCUUGAGAAGAUUGAAAGUUUAAUCAAAGAGAGACAAGAAAAGAUCAACAAAUACGUCCAAGAAGGCAAGGAGGUUCCUAAAGAACUCACUGAGAACUUAAAGUUGGAUGAUAACGAUAUCAGAAAACCUACAAAAGAGGAUCCAUUUAUCAUCAACAAAGAUGAGCUUCUGCCAUUGAUUCACAUGUCCGAAAUCGAGAUUUUUGCAAGAUCCGUCAAACACGUUUUGAGGAAAUACAGCAAGACUCUACCUAUUUCAAUUGUUCCAUCAUUGGUUGCGUUUUUCUUUAACUUGCUAUUUGGUGUCGAUUAUAAUGCCUCGCCAUCUAUCGAAACAGUCGACGAGUCUUACAAUGCCAGCGAAUUUUCCUUUGCGCUCUUGACACGUUCAUCUCUAUUGGCGGAGAUUAAAGAACAAGCCUUCCUUCGUUUCCGGUAUAAAAUUCCUGAGAACUGGUUCCCUCAACAAAAGGGCUCACCUUUUGCGCUAAUAAGAGCAAUCUGUUACAAGUUUGGUAUCCAAAUUCUAAACAAGCAAUACUUCUUCACUAAAGAUGACUUUGAGUCUUUCAGACAAUCUCAAGAUAAAAAGGUCAGAAACAAGCUAUCCGCUCCAGUCAACACUUUCUCUGCUAAUGAUUUGACAGUUAUUCCUCGCGUCAAGAGUACCGAAUACAGCUCAAUUGUAAGUGAUGAGCUAUGGGCCGAAGGUGCUGCAACCAUCGAGGAAGAUCAAAAGUUAGCUUUACAAUUCCUCUCCCAAGCCAUUAGUGUUAAAGAGGAUGCUUCGACAAGCUUGCAUCAAUCUCUAGCAGAGAAGUAUCUAUCUUUGUCCACAAUUCACAACAGUAUUGGCCGAACGCCAGAAGCAGUUGCUUUCGCUCGUAAAGCAUGCACGAUUUAUGAAAGAGUUUGUGGUAUCGAUUCAUUUGAGACUCUGCGUGCGCUAUCAAACUUGGCGAUCUUAGAGCUUUCUAACAACAGCCCAUGUAAUGCGGCCUUGGUUUACAAGAGGAUUGUUGAAACUGCUCAAGCUUUCAAGCUGACUGCUGUAAAUCACCCUAUUGUCAUUAGUGCUUUAAACCACUUGGAGCAAUUGGCAUUAGGAAUCAAUGACGCGAAGUUGGCAAUUGAAAUCUUGAAGAAAUUGGGUGAACUGGUUGUUUCUUUGGACGGAGAAAAAUCCUUGGCUUAUGGUUACCUCGAAUCGCGUAUUGGUAACCUUUACGCGACCAUAAAUGAUUUGCCCCAUGCGUUGGAACAUAUUUCUGUGACACAGGAGAUUUUCGUUAAGGAGCUAGGUAUGAACCACGAAUUAUCUGCUCAAUCCAAACAAUGGAAUGAAGGUUUAACCAACUUAAUCAAGAAUAAGCAACAGCAGAAAGUCUUGGAUAGUCAGAAGGCAGCCGCAAACGGAGCGCAGUCUCAGAAGAAACAUUCCAAUGGUAAGAGUGAACAAUCUAACCCCGAAUUAGCCGACAAAUCCGUGGAUGAAUUGUUAAACUUCAUUGAAGGUUCUCACGAUAAGGCAACAUCAACUUCGAAGGGUAAGAAGAAGAACAAGAACAAGAAGAAAUGA